AUGGCCUCCGCAGAUCUCCCGUCCUCCCUCUUCGCCGGCCUGUCCCCGUCUUUCGACUCCCUCUCCCCUCUAAUGGACAUGGGCGACGCCUCUUCCGACGACGGUGAACCCCUCCACACUCCCCUCACUGAACACGAGCACCACCAUCCCUACGAUGUCUACCAGAGCCACCACCCGCAUUUCUCGCCUGGCAUCUUCCACCCCUACACGCCCAAUCUCGACCCAGUCGUUGGCGGCGCGAAACCCGAACGUAAUCCGCCAGUUCUGUCUUCUCUUCCGUCUCUCUCUCCGCUUCUCGGUCCCUCUCCUCCUAAUUCCCUCACACACGUGCAACAGGAUACCUUCUUCCCGGCCUUCUCGUCACCCCCCUAUGCGCUAGACCUGGCGAAUGCGUCUCUCGAACUUGGCCAUUUUACCCCUAGUUACAAUACCCACACGCUUGACCCGGGCGCCUCCCCAUUCACUCCAACACGGUCGCCAUUGGACACUACCGCUCCUGUGCUCACGUCCUCCUCGGAUCAUGCCGGUCCGCCUAUAGCCAACCAUCUACCUCCGCUGCCUGAGCUGUCUGUACAGGGCCUCGGAAACGGCCCCCCGGAUGACGUACCGUCCCUUCUGUUCUCUCCCGCUGACCCACCCCAACCCGCUCGUGAUGAUGAAUCCGCGGACACCUUUGAGAUGCGCGGGCGAAUGUACAACCCGCGUUUCCCUGCGGAACACACGCUCAACCCGUUCUUCGUGCGGACGUACCAACUUAGCGAUGAGCUCGGUGCCGGUGGGUAUGGUUUCGUCAUGACCGCGACCCAUCGCCACGGCGGAAACGAGGUCGCAGUGAAGUUCAUCAUCAAGGAUAAAGUCCCCGAGCAUGCGUGGUGGCAAGACGAGAUGUUUGGCAGGAUCCCGACAGAGGUGAUGAUCCUCAGCUUGGUCGAUCACGAGAACAUCGUCAAGUGUCUUGACCUCUUCGAGGAUAACGUGUACUUCUACUUGGUCCAAGAACUGCACGGUUCCCCGUGGGUCUCCAGGAAGAAAAAGAAGGUCAAACAGAUCACAGCGCCGGGGAAGCUUGUCGUGCCGUCUCUAUCUUCCACUCCGUCGUUGACACCAUCAGCAUCGUUCGAAUCGACGACGGAUUCCGUCCUGCAUACCCCUCCACAGGUCUGCAUGAAUGUCGACACCUGCGAUUUAUCGGCGGCGGCGGGACCGGAUCCUCUGUAUAUCAACGCGCUGAAUUCCCUCCCUGAGAACCCCCUUGUAAAGAAGACAGAGACGCAGCCCUUCUUGCCACUGCCCGCCCCGCAGGUCCGCCCGAAUUUCUCGCGCCGCCCUUCACAUGACCUCUUCGAAUGCAUCGAGCAGAGCAAGCACAAGAGGCUCUCGGAGAAUCAAGCCAGAUAUAUCUUCGCGCAGGUCGUGGAGGCUGUAUAUUACCUGGAAAGCCAAGGGAUUACUCACUGUGAUAUCAAAGACGAGAAUCUCGUCGUGGACCAAGAUCUCAAGGUCAAGUUAAUAGACUUCGGCAGCGCCGUCGUCGUAGACCCCUGCGCACCCCGCCCGUACUACACGCUAUUCUUCGGAACUACUGCGUAUGCUGCGUCCGAGAUCCUCCUCAAGCGGCCAUAUCGUGCCCCGCAUGCGGAGAUAUGGACGCUUGGCGUGCUCCUCUCCUAUCUCCUCACAGGUCAUUCUCCGUUCCCCACCGAACAGGACGCGAUCGACGGCCGGAUCGUCCUCCGUGAGUCGUCGAGGACGGGUGCGGGCCGGCUCAGUCGUGCUGCGGUCGGGCUCAUGGGCCGCUGCUUGGAGAAAGACCCGGAGCGCAGGGCAGACAUCACGGAAGUCAGGGGCCAUCGCUGGCUGCAGGGCGCGCUCGAGCGGGACGCGUAUGACUGA